UCUUGCAAUUUUCAAAAUACACAUAUGCAUGGCCACCAAGGUAUUGUUCAAACACAACACAUCAACACCCACAUUAAACAACUAGAUAUAAACUAAACUAAUUUGUGCAAUAGAAGGGUGAUUUGUCUCCUAGCCUUUUGAUUCUAGUAAAGAUAAAAAGGAGAAGCAUCCAAACUAAGAGCAUGUGAGAGAAAAAUAUAUAGCAUAUCCCCAUACACAAAAAUCAAUCAUAGAGAUCACAAAUUUGGAUCUCUAUGAAUUAAUCACAUUCUAGCAAACCUUCAUAUACAAGUCCAUGGCCUUGACUUAGGUUCUCUAGUUCCAUUUUUUAAGAACACAACUCCUCUUCCUUCAAAGGUUAGAACUUAACCCUCUCCCUCUCUGUCUCUCUCCCAUGGAUGCAAAGAACGAGUCCGACAGGUGUGUGGACGAUAUCAUGCUACCGGGGUUCCGGUUUCACCCGACUGAUGAAGAACUCGUUGAGUUCUAUCUCAAGAGGAAGCUUCAACAUCGAACUCUUCCAAUUGAGCUCAUUAAGCAAGUGGAUAUAUACAAGUAUGAUCCAUGGGACCUUCCAAAGCUGGCUUCAACGGGGGAGAAAGAAUGGUACUUCUACUGCCCAAGGGACCGGAAAUACCGAAACAGCACGCGGCCGAAUCGCGUGACGGGCUCCGGCUUCUGGAAGGCCACCGGAACCGACCGGCCGAUCUACUCCUCCGGCGGCCCCAAGUGCAUCGGACUCAAGAAGUCCCUCGUCUUCUACAGAGGCAGAGCCGCCAAAGGCAUCAAAACCGAUUGGAUGAUGCACGAGUUCCGCCUCCCCUCCUCCACCGCCGCCGCCGCCGGUCCGCCGCCCAAGACCCUCCCGCCAACUGAUUCAUGGGCCAUUUGCAGGAUUUUCAAGAAAGCGAAUUCGACAGCAAACAGAGGUCUCUCACACACGUGGGCAGCUUCGCUCGCGGAAACGACGUCGCCGGACGCCUUCACCUACACGAACUUCACCUCAGACAACAACGUUAACGACCCCAUUAACUUCAGCGGAAACCUCGUCUUCUCCGACAACAGAGGCACGGCCGACCUGACAUCCAUGUUCUUCAACCAACCCGCCGCCGACCACCAGUUCAGCGGCGUGGAGGAGGAAGAAGGGGGGUUGAGAAAGAAUGUGUGGGAGAAUAUAAGGUCGAUGGGGUUCCCGUUCAGCCUGCCGCCGAAUCUGCCGUGGGAAUCGCCGCCGUGUCCGAGCGAGAUGUCGUCCACCACCUACUCCACCAACAAGUGUUAUAUAUAGGUUUCUUUAUAUCUAUAUAUGUGUGUGUGUGUGUGAAGGAAGGUUGUAAUAGUUUCGUUUCCAGCUCUGUUUUUGGGAAGGCGGAGCUUGUAUAGAAACUAUUUUUGCAUUUUGCUGCUGUGUACAGUUACUUCUCUCUCAACCAUUGUAUUAUUGUUCAAACAAAUAUGAUGAUCGUAACUAAAUUGUCAUA